UUUCUCGAGAAGCCUUCUAUUAUAAACCUUUGUCGUCUACUCCUUCAUUUGGUCCUUGGUAUUCAAAGCAAGUAAUCGGUCAUAACACGUUGGCUACAAUGAUGAAAGUGAUGACAGCUGAAGCUGGUCUUCCAGUUCGAACCAACCACGCUCUUCGAGCUACUAGUGCGACAAGGCUGUUUCAAGCGGGAGUUCCUGAACAUGUAAUUCAAGGCAGAACCGGCCACAAAACCUUGCAAGCACUGAGACAAUAUCGAGAGCCAUCUGAAUUGCAGCAAAUGGCAGCGUGCAAAGUUUUGGACAAUGGCCAUGGACACACCGAUUACACUGACGCAAAAGUCAAGGAGUCCGGAGAGACAAUGGAACAGGCAGAUGAGCUGAAAGUAGUCGAGGUUGAACAGCCGUCUGAAACGGGAAGACAGAAUCCGGCGCCAUUUGUCAUUUCUGACUGCGUCUUUACAAACUGCAGUACUGUGAACAUUAUUAUUGGUAAAGAAUAAGCUUGUAAUCUAAAAUAGGUAUGCCCAUGUAUUGAUUGCUAGUUGGUUUGCAGUAUACAGAUUCUGACCGGUCAAUAUACGUUUAUUGACCGGUAAAUAUACAACAUGUGGUUGGGUUGCUAUGGUAGGAGUGUAAUAUAACGAGAAA